GCCUAUAUAUACUGCUACCAACAAACCGUUUCUCUCGAGCAUAUUAUAUAGUUAGUGUGCAAUUAUGGCUAAGCUUAAUUAGCUAGCUAGCCAUAUAGUUUGAUUAAUUGUUCAGUUCGGCAGACAGAUGAUCGAUUUUACUUCUUGGUUCUGAAGAUCGAUCGAUGUCGGUGCGAAGGCCACGGGUAGAGGAGGAGGUCGACGACGAUGAUCAGGAUGGGAGCAGCGGUUCGGCCGAGGAACAUCAGCAGCGACGCCAUGGCGCCAGGCGUCUCCGCCCUGUGCUCUCCUUCAGAUCGGUGGUGAGAAGGGCAGUGGCAGCGGAAACAAUUCAACAAAUUGUUCUUAACCUGGAACCGGUCAUUCGUAGGGUGGUGCGUGAGGAAAUUCGGAACAUAUUUCCCCAGUAUGGUCAUGACUUACCACAUAGAUCUCUUCCAUUACAAAUCCAAGAUGUAGGGGUCUCACCUCCAUUGAAGCUUGUCUUCACCAAGCAGCUCAAGCUACCAAUCUUCACCAACAACAAGCUCGUCGACAUCGACAACAAUCCAAUAGAAAUCCAGCUUGUUGACACAAGGACCAACCUCAUUGUAACACCAUCAAACACUCACCUAGGAUAUUCAGCAAUAAAACUGGAAGUACUUGUCCUAGAUGGCGAUUUCCGAUACGAUGAAGACGGCGCUAGGUGGACUGAUGAUCAAUUCAGCACCGCGAUCGUCAAGGCUCGGGAAGGGAGGAGGCCAUUGCUAGUGGGUACAGUCAGUGUGACCAUGAGCAACCAUGGAGUUGCAGUGAUUGAUGAUGUAUCAUUCACUGACAAUUCAAGCUGGAUCAGGAGCAGGAAGUUCAGAAUCGGUGUGCGCGUUGUCAUGCUGACAGACAGUUGCGGAUUGAGGAUCCAAGAGGCAGUGAGUGAGAGCUUCACAGUCAAAGAUCAUCGAGGCGAAUUGUACAAGAAGCAUUUCCCUCCUUUGCUGACGGACAACGUCUGGAGGCUGAGGAACAUAGGCAAAGAUGGGCCAAUCGACAAGAGAUUGGAGGCCGAGGGGAUCAAGAACGUCCAGGACUUCUUGAAGCUUAACACCAUGAAUCCCAACAAGCUUAAAAGUCUUGUUGGCAUGUCAGAUCGGCAGUGGAGCGCGACAUUGAAGCAAGCAAAAUCAUGUGACAUGGGAGGGAAAUGCUAUGUUUUCAAAUCUGAAGGUUGUGAGAUUAAAUUCAACCCCGUAGGAGAGAUCUUAGCAGUGAGAUUCGGCGGUCGGAUGUGCUCUUUGCAUGAACUGCUUCCACACCAAAUGGUCCAAAUCAAGCAAUUGGUCAGCCAAGCAUACCAACAGUGGGAUCAGAUGGAGGAAGUGCAGAAUGAGAUGGCACUUGUUGAUAAAAGCUUAAUUCCAUUUCAUGAUGAAAAGCCCAUGAUUUCUUCAGGCAUGCCAAGCUAUAUCAAUCAAGCAGAGGGAUUGAUGGAGAAUUCAGGAUGGGAGCCAAGUGAGAUGAGCCAGGAAAGCAUGAUCAGCUCUGCAUCUCAGAAUGCCAUGUAUGUUGACAGCUUGGGAACUGCAACAACCUCAACUGCUGAAAUGGUGACCAAUAACAUCAGCACUCUAGAACCUGCAUCAACUGUUCCAGAUUCUGCUUUGUACAGCUGGAAUUCGGGCAUGGCUGCUGAUGAUCACUUCAGCUGGCAGAACAACACAAACCUUGUACCCUGGGAUCAUGCUAAUUGAUCAUUGCUAUCUGGAGUCCGAACAAAUUAAUCCUAAUUGCUAUCGGUUUAGAUAGCUAGUGUUGUUAUGCUUUUACUCAAAUAAUAAAUAUGUUCAUAUUGAGGGAGCUGUUUUUUUUUCUCUAAUCUUAGGUUGUUUGGCUCUUAUCUUUUCUUAACCUUGAUGAGUGCAUUUUGUAGCAAUAUCUACUGGUCAAGUUAGUUAUUAUGAAAAAAAAAUAGAGGGUCACA